AUGCUGCUGCUCUGUCUUGCCGUCCUGUGUCUCAUCGGUAGCACCCCUUGUGUUGCUGCUCCACCACGAGACUCUGCUUUCUCAAGGACCACCAGAAACAAGCUGCUGCUCGUCUCUUUAGAUGGUUUCCGCUGGGACUAUGACCGAGACAUCGAAACCCCCCAUCUGGAUAAGAUGGCCCAGGACGGGGUGAAGGCAGACUACGUCACUCCGCCCUUCCUCACCAUCACCAGCCCUUCUCACUUCACGAUGCUGACAGGUCGUCAUGUUGAAAAUCACGGCGUGAUCCACAACAUGUGGUUCAACACUACCACUCAGGAGAAGAAGCAGUACUAUCAGACUCAGUUUGUGGAUUCCUACUGGGACAAUGGGAGCUUACCGAUCUGGAUAACAGCUCAGAGACAGGGUCUGAAGGCCGGCUCUCUUCAUUUCCCCGGCACAGCAGCGACUUACAAAAAUGAGAUUGUGAGGGUUCGGCAGGUGGAGCCUCCUUUCUAUGAUCAUGCCAACGAGACGGACUGGAGGCUGAACAUCGACAAUGUGGUUGGAGAGUGGUUCCUCAAACAGGACCUGGACUUUGUCUCUUUGUACUUCGGAGAACCAGAUUUAGCAGGGCACGAAUUUGGACCUGAUUCCCCAGAAUGCAGAGACAUGGUCCGGAAGGUGGACCGUGCUGUGGGCUACAUCCGGGAAACCAUCCAAGACCAUGGCCUUACUGACAAGCUCAACAUCAUCAUCACUGCAGACCACGGGAUGGCUAAGAUCUUUCAGGGCGGAGCGGUUGAGAAGAUCAUCCUCUCAAAGAUCCCUGGCUUCAGCUUCAGAGAUAUCCAGUUCCAGCUGUUGGAUUAUGGUCCUGUUGGGAUGCUGCUUCCUAAAGAGGGGAAGCUGGAAACGGUCUACCAGGCUCUGAAAGGAGGCCACCCUCACCUUCACGUGUAUAAGAGAGAGGAGAUGCCAGAGAGACUUCACUACAGUAAACAUCCUCGACUCCUGCCCCUCAUCCUCAUCGCUGAUCCUGGAUAUGUCGUCAAUGGGUUCUUACCGUUGAACGCCAACAAAGGAGAGCACGGCUUUGAUAACGAAGUCAUGGACAUGAAAUCCAUCUUCAGAGCAGUGGGACCAGAUUUCCAGAUAAACAAGAAGGUGGGACCUUUGGACAUGGUUGACGUGUACCCACUGAUGUGCCAUCUCCUGGGGAUGAUCCCAGAGAUCAAUGACGGGCAGCUGAGGAAUACUGAACAAAUGCUGGUUCCUCGGAAGAACACAGGAGGAGACCAAGACGAUGCAAAGAAGCCUGGAUUGAAUGCAGUGUUUGGCUUGUCAGCUGUGGUUGGGUGUCUUCUUCUGGUGUUCAUCAUCACAGUGACCUACAACAUGUGCAAAAAGAGCCGAACCCAAAGGAGCCAAACCCGAAGGACCAGCGAGACGAACGAAGCAAAAUUCUGAAAAAGAAGGGAGCAAAGACAAAAUGAAAGUUCAAACUUUAUGUUGAUUUCCUAUUUAUUACAAAGAGAAUGGAAGAUUAUUAUGAAGAGAUGCCUUAUGUAGGUAUAGAAGAAGGUAAUGUGCAUAAAUCACUGAAUGUAUUAAGGAGGGAACAUUUGGAAUGAAGACUGAUGGCUGUUUGAAAAUAAAUCCUUUUAGUUUUAGAAUCUAGAAACCAGAUCCGGCUUAAAAUGUUUGAAUUCUUUUUGGAUAUUUGUUUUGAAACAACAGUUAAAGAGUUAUUUUUGAUAUAAUUUUAUGAAAUAAAUAUCAAUGUGUUUUCCUUGCA